AAGUCGUUCGGUCCCGCUGUCACAUUUAUAUUUGUUCAUUCAAGUGCGGUUACGUUUCGUCGCCAGCAGCAGCAGCAGCAACAACAAGCUUAUCAGAGAGCAAAAACCAUCAAAUCGAUCGCAAAAUGAAGAAGUUUUUCGUUGUGUUUGUUGCAUUAUUCGGAGCCGCUGCGGCCCAACAGAGCUUUAAGUGUCCCGAUGACUUUGGCUUCUAUCCACACGACACUUCGUGCGACAAAUACUGGAAGUGUGACAAUGGCGUCUCCGAGCUGAAGACCUGCGGCAAUGGCCUGGCCUUCGAUGCCUCCGACUCGAAAUACCUCACCGAGAACUGCGAUUAUCUGCACAAUGUGGAGUGCGGCGAGCGCACAGAGCUGGAACCCCCAAUCACCACUCCCCACUGCUCGCGCCUGUAUGGCAUCUUCCCCGAUGAGAACAAGUGUGAUGUGUUCUGGAACUGCUGGAACGGCGAACCCUCCAGAUAUCAGUGCUCCCCCGGCCUGGCCUACGAUCGCGAUGCACGCGUCUGCAUGUGGGCCGAUCAGGUGCCCGAGUGCAAGAACGAAGAGGUUGCCAAUGGCUUUGCCUGCCCCGCUGCCGGUGAGAUUGCGAAUGCUGGCUCCUUCUCGCGUCACGCACAUCCCGAGGACUGCCGCAAGUACUACAUCUGCCUGGAGGGUGUGGCACGCGAAUAUGGCUGCCCCAUUGGCACUGUGUUCAAGAUUGGCGACAGCGAUGGCACUGGCAACUGCGAGGAUCCCGAGGAUGUUCCCGGCUGCGAGGAUUACUACGGCGAUGUAGACUUGAAGGCACUGAAAAAAUUGGGCUUUUAAAAAUACACACAGCACCCACACACACGCACACACGCACACACACACAAGUCACAGCAAAGGUUUGAGGCCUGAAAGUCAAUGCCAGGCAGAGCAAAGGAGCAGCAGCCAGCCAGCCAGCCAGCCAGCCCGUAGCAAAAGGAUGGAUCAGAAGGAAAAACCACAACAACAGUGGGCUUAAAAUGCUUGCCACACACACACAGAGGAGAGCUGCCACAAGCGUUAAAGUAUGCACACAGAAUAUACACAAGAAUCGUACACACAGUUUGACUUUAAAGACUGAGCACAAAAAAAAACACACAGAGACACACACUCCAAAUGAAGAAAUAGUCGAGGCCAGCCAAAAGGCCACAAAGUAAUAACGCUUGACCCCGCCACAUAGUCAAUUAUAUUUUGGUUCUGGUUUCAAAUCUAAGAGUGGAAGCCCCAUGGUCAGGAUGCUCCUUUGAUGAGGCAGCCAACGAAGUUCCGCGAAUUCCACAACUUACCACAAGAAGUCAAAUUUAACUUAUUUAACUAAAAUACUCAGAAACCGCAGCACAUGCAUACCGCGCUCACGCUAUAAUAACUUCAAUUGUAUUGUACAUAUACUCUAGAGAUUCAGUUUUAAGCUUUAAGUUUUUGCAAACAUACAUUUUGCAUGGAAAAACUUUAA